AUGAAUGUCAUCGGCAAAUCAAAACCUCUCAAUGUCGUCAUCGCCGGUGGGUCUUUAGGCGGCCUUUUCUGCGGCAUAGCCCUCAAGCAAAUCGGACACAACACCACCAUCCUCGAGCGCAACCCGACGCCCCUUCUCCACAACCAAGGCGCCGGCAUCGUCGCAGGCGGCGACCUGCUCGCCUUCUUCGAGAAGUAUGACCGCUGCCAGCGCCCCAUCGCCGUCCGCUCCCGCGCACGCAUGUACCUGAACAAAGAAGGGCGCGUCAUCCACCGCGACGACAGGCCCCAGCAUAUGACCAGCUGGGACCUCGUGUACUACGUCCUGCGAGCAAACUAUGAUGAGGUUAAGAGCGACUACUGCGACGUUCCCGCUUCCCAACCUGACGACGGCACCACGCAGCACCUGCACGGCCACAAGGUCACCGGCUUCAAGGACCUGGGCGAUGGGGUCGAGGUCCAGUUCACGACGAAGGACGGGACGACGAGCAACAUGCGCGCCGACCUCCUCAUCGGCGCCGACGGCCCCUCUUCCACCGUCCGCAAGAUCCUCGAACCAUCCGUGCAGCGCACCCUCGCCGGCUACGUCGCGCUGCGGGGCACGGUGCCUGAGGACCUGGCGUCCGACGCGGCUCGCGGGGUGUUUCAGGAACGCUUCACGUUCUUCCAUGACGAGGGGAUUCAGAUCCUCGCGUAUCUCAUCCCCGGCAUUAACGGUGCGCUGGAGCCGGAGAAGCGCCUCGUCAAUUGGGUCUGGUAUAUCAACUUCCCAGAGCACUCCCUGGAGUUUGAAGAGCUGAUGACGGAUAAGGAGGGAGCGCGGCAUAGCAUUACACUGCCGCCGGGGAAGAUGCAGGAGAAGGUAUGGGCGCAGCUGAAAGACAGGGCGAAAGAACAGCUGCCGCCGCAGUUUGCGGAACUGGUGCAGAAGACGGAGAAGCCGUUUGUGCAGGUCAUCACGGAUGUGAUCUGUCAGAAGAAUGAGUUCUGUGACGGGAGGGUUAUACUGGUUGGAGAUGCGUUGGCGGGGUUUAGGCCGCAUACUGCGGCUUCGACUUCUCAAGCGGCAUUCGAUGCGAUGACCUUGGCGGAUAUGCUGGAAGGUGAGAUCUCGAGGGAGCAGUGGAGAGAGGAGACUAUGCAUUAUGCACGGAAGAUUCAGCAGAGCGGCGUGCAGAUGGGAAAUAGAAGUCAGUUUGGACACCACCCCUUGGCUGAAUAUGCGAAAGAUCGAGGAAGUGUUGAUGACAGGGCGAGAGGAGCUCCGUCCUGA